GGCGACCCACUCCCUCCUGGGCUCCAGGCAUGCAGGCAAGGCGCCUGGCCAAGCGUUCCAGCCUGGGCAACCGCCGAGGGGGCUCCGGCUUGCCACCACCAGCCCGGGGAAGCUGCAGCGCCCAGCCCGGACGCCCCCCUGCCAACCCCACUGUCACCCCGGGGUGCGCAGCUCCGGCUCGCGGUGCAGCCGCCUCUGUCGCCUCGUCCCCGGGACUGCUGCUGCUGCUCGGGGAGGACGAUGAGGACGACGAGGGCCCUGGCCGGCGUCGCCGGGGGCUUGGGAGGCGCGUGGUGGGGAGGCCCCGAGGGGUGGCCGAAGAGGAGGAGGAGGAGGAGGAGGAGGAAGAUGAGGACGUGGUGAUCGAGGUGGUGGACGGCGAGGAUGAUGAAGACGAAGAGGAGCGCUUCGUACCCCUGGGCUCUGGCCGCCCAGGGACUAAGGGCCCGGCCCGGGGCGCCUUGAAGGUUGGAAGCAUUAAGCGGGAAAUGACCUUCACAUUUCAACCUGAGGACUUAAAACGUGACUCUAAUAAAAAAAUGUCUCAUCACCACUUGUUUUCCUUGGCCAUGGAGGAAGAUGUGAAAACAGCAGACACCAAAAAAGCCAACCGAGUCCUUGACCAUGAAAAAGAAAACACCCGUUCAGUCUGUCUCCUGGAGCAAAAACGAAAAGUUGUUUCCUCAAAUAUUGACGUUCCUCCAGCAAGGAAAUCUUCAGAGGAACUGGACAUGGACAAGGUGACAGCAGCGAUGGUACUAACCAGUUUGUCCACCAGCCCAUUAGUUCGAAGCCCUCCAGUGCGCACAAAUGAGGGCCUCAGCGGAUCCUGGAAAGAGGGAGCAGGCGUCCCUUCCAGCACCAGCAGCAGUGGCUACUGGAGCUGGAGUGCCCCCAGCGACCAGUCCAACCCAUCCACACCAUCGCCACCCCUGUCUGCGGACAGCUUCAAACCCUUUCGCAGCCCCGCGCCCCCUGACGAUGGCAUCGACGAGGCGGAGGCCAGCAACCUCCUCUUUGAUGAGCCCAUUCCCAGGAAGAGAAAGAACUCCAUGAAGGUGAUGUUUAAAUGCCUCUGGAAAAAUUGUGGAAAGGUGCUGAGCACCGCGGCAGGAAUCCAGAAACACAUUCGUACCAUUCAUCUUGGGCGUGUUGGGGACUCGGACUACAGCGACGGAGAGGAAGAUUUCUACUAUACAGAGAUCAAGCUGAACACAGACUCAGUAGCUGAUGGGUUGAGCAACCUGGCCCCAGUGUCUCCCUCCCAGUCCUUGGCAUCACCUCCCACUUUCCCCAUCCCAGAUUCCAGCCGAGCAGAAACUCCUUGUGCCAAAACUGAACCGAAACUGAUGACGCCCUUGAGCCGCUCAGCUCCUACCACCCUCUACCUCGUGCAUACGGACCAUGCUUAUCAGGCCACGCCCCCUGUGACCAUUCCAGGAUCAACCAAGUUCACCCCAAAUGGCAGCAGCUUCAGCAUUUCUUGGCAAUCUCCUCCAGUCACCUUCACAGGCAUUCCAGUGUCUCCAACACACAGUCAUCCCAUGAGCACGGGUGAGCAGCGGCAACACACACACACGGUCUUGUCCUCUCCUCCUCGAGGGACAGUCAGCUUGAGAAAGCCGAGGGGAGAGGGCAAGAAAUGCCGAAAGGUGUAUGGCAUGGAGAACCGAGAUAUGUGGUGUACUGCAUGCCGCUGGAAGAAGGCCUGCCAGAGGUUCAUUGACUGAGAGACCCCAACAACAGAGGGGCCAGCACCCCAGACAUUCUGCCCUCAUACUCCAGUUCAGGCUUUGGAAAGCAUAUUUCCUCUUCAACAAGAUGUACUUGAAGCCUAGGAAAAAGCACUUCCAGGAACCUUCAUGAAAUUGCAGCAAAAAAAAAAAUAAAGGUGGGAGGUAUCCACCCUUGUUGCUUUCUCUGAGAAUUCAGCCAAGAGCAGCCAUGACUCAUUAUUUCUUUAAAAAAAUAAAAAUAAAAAAGAAGUCAACUUUUUUGCUGUUAUGUCCAAGUCGGAAAACUGGACUUCUAUAGCAAUUGAAACAACAAAGCCCAUUUUACUUAGCAAGAAGGCAAAUUUUGAUAAGCUUUCUGAAAAUGCCAUUUCUGAGAUUUUUUUUUCCCGGACACUUAGAGAAAGCUACGUGUUAUUUGGUAGCAUUUGUACAAAGAACAAUACUCUCUUUCAGUGUGAAUAGACUUUUUCCUCCAUUUUCCAGUUGACUUCUUGAAGCAAUUCAACUACAGCGCUCCGGGUAUCUUUUCCAUGUUUUCUUUGUUUGUUUUGUUCGUUUGGAAGAAAUGCCCCCAAGUGAACCAUGAUUGAGCUGUAAGUUUGAGGGGGCCUCAGAUGGCAGGAAUCGAAAAGAGACUGAUACAGUGGCCAUCACCAGCAGACUUCAGCCCUGUGCUGAAUUCAGGACCUUCAGCUGACCUACUGGAAAAUAUUAGGGAGUCUUCCUUCGAUUUCUAUGAAACCCUUCCCCACAAGGCAGCCCAGCCAUGUCUCUGCCUGCUUCAAUUCUGUCAAGAACUGGCACAGUGGGUGAAGACUUCUUUCCACUGGCCAGUCUGGGGCUUGUGCAUCUUACUGGUCUCCAGGUACAACAGAACCCUCAUAACCUUCCUACAGAGGCAGGCACCCCUCUCUUGUUCCAAGGCCUAAAUGAUAACUAGGGGGACCCCAAAGCUUGCCUGGCUGGCUUUGCAGAGAAAGAGUUUGAACUAUCCACCCAGAAAGCUCUGGGUUACAAUAUACAGUUGCUGAUUGUAAGAGCUAAACAAUUUUUUAAAAGGAGAGCUAUUUUGUUCUAUCUUGGAACUAAAAAACAAGUGCCAAAUUUAGCCAGACAUUCAUAGAUCAUCACUGUGGUAACACAUUAUUCUUUUUUUUUUUUUUUUUUUUUUUUUUUUUUUUUGGUCUCUGUUUGGCCAGCAGAGGAGGAAGAUGUUGAGUAGCCAGCUAGCAUACUGGCUCUGUAACCAGAACUGCACCAGCAUGCAGCAUGGAAAUUCCACUGGCAACAGGAGAAGCAAUACAAAGGAUUCCGGUCCUCAAGAAUUUCUAAAGCAGACAUGUUGUCACCUUUUGAAUUUUUCUCCCUUGCUCGCCCCUUCUUCAGAAAAGGUUUCUCCUCUCUGGCCAAUGAAGACAUUUUAAAGAUAGACAGGUGUUCCCCAGAGAACUGCAAAGCCAAGUGUGUCCCUUCAGAGAGGACUUUUAAAGGGUCCUUCCCUAUGGGUGCAUGGGAGAAGUGCCACAACAGAGGGAUAAUGCUGGGAUAACAAGUAGGCUGGGAAGCAGAGCUGAGAUGCAAGAUGAUGCUUGCUGCUGCUCAUUUCAGUCCUGGUACUUUGGGGGGAUAUGGGGAAAGUGGACCUUGAGCUCUCAGAAUGACUUGAUCCCUAGCUGGACCUUGUGUCAAAGAGGGCAAUGAAUUUCUGAGCAGGAAUAUAUGGCUCCCUUGCACUGUAUUAUCUGCUACUCCAUGCAACCACAAAUGACUUGCUCAGGAGACCAUUCCUAUGUCUGAUCACAGCCAGGAUGCAAAAUUGAAUUUUCAGUCAAGUUGAGGCCUCACAGUUUGGCCCUCUUGAAACUUCUAAAAGACAUAGUGGCCCUGUGUAUGUGUGUGGCCAAGGGUUUUUGCAACUGAAGUGCCCUCCCUCUGAGUUCAAGCUCAUUCAUGCUGCCAUUAUCUCUCUAGGAGUCACACUGAGUCACAAAUUUGAAAGCAGCCUGGAGUUCGGAAUUUAGCCAGCUGAGUCCCUUCCUGCCUUCCUCAGACUACACUAGGAAAUGAAAGGGCAGCAUUCACUGGAGAAUGGUUAGCGCGAAUGUGGCAAGAUUUGUACCCAUAGGAGAGAAUUCCUGGAACAGAGUAGCAAAAUACUGUAAAUAAUAUAUUCAUUUCCUCAGGGAAAACAAAGGGGUGUGUGAAACAUAGAUUGGAAAGCUCUAAAGACUCUACUUCUCAGUAAAAUGUUAUCUGGUCAGAACACUUGGUUUUUUUCAAUGGACCUGAUAUUUUGCGACACACUGAAGUAAAUGGGCAGUGCCAAUUUUGAGGGCCGGUGGAACACUGAGAAAGCUCCCCUGUUUUGUUGAUGACUCCCAGUCUAGGACUGACAUUUGAACCCCCGGCCUCUACCCUCGUGGGUUUUUGUAGACCAGUGGAAGGCUUUUGCUGAAUGUAAUUGUGAAUAUAAAGCCUUGGCGUUCCUUUGUAGAGCCACCCUGUUGGAUGGCUGAUUUUUUAGCUAGAAGCAGAAUUCUGUGGGUAAGGGCUUGAACAAAUGUGCAUUUUGCUUUAAUGGCAUGUUAAGGAGAAAACUUCUAUGGACUUUUGUGGAUAUGAUGCUGCUCUUUUUCUCAUGACCCUGUAGAAUUUCUAGCAACCACAUCAACUGUAGCAGUGACCUGUCUGCACACAGGAAAGAAUUUGUGCAUACAAAUGAGUGGAAACAGAGUAGGAUUCAUGAAUAUGGAUAAGAAUGUGGAUCAUUUUGGAGAAUGCACUGGGCACAUUGGGUCAACUGGAAAUUUCAUUUCUCUGAGAAAAGCCACCCUACCAGCAGCAAGUCGCAUACUCUCUCCCUGUGCCCCACAGCGGUGGGGAUUCCUCUGUAUGAGAAUUAUUUGGUUGUAGCCUUUGUAACUAGUCAAACCAGAAGUCAAUAAGUAAAAAUGAGAUUAGCACCUCUAGGUACUGAUUGUAUCACUAAGUCAUGCACACCAAUAGAACAAGAAAGUGUACAAUUUCUUUAAGUGUGCUAAUUGUGACUGAUGGGGGGAAUAUUUGAUAUACAUGCUUUAAAUCAUGGGACUGAAAUCAAAAUGACCAUUUUGAUUUCUGGUCUGUUUUGUAAAUAGUUCCUUCUUUUUGAAGACAAUCUCAUGUUUUAUAACUUUUCUUGUGGGUCUAAGAACCACAAUGGUGAUGUGCUGUGUCAAAAAAUGUACUCUCAAAGACAAGAAUAAUGAUAACUUCAUUUUCCAAAUAAGACAAAAAAAAUAUAUACUGGUUAGGCUUCUACCAUUCUGAAACGUGACACUUUUAUAAGAAGCAUUCGUACUUCUCAAGUUAGCAGAACUGGAAAUAUUUUACAGAUGCAAUGUUUUGUAAUCACAAAGAACAUGAACAUUUUGUGGGAAAUGACCUUGGUUUUAUACAUUGUAAGUUAUUUUUUAAAGUACAAUAUUUUACCAGACAGGAAGUGUUAAUAGAAUCAGCAAUUCCUGCUCUCCAAACAAAGGGCUAUGCCUCACUUAAGCAAGUGUUAUGAUGCAUAUCUUUUCAAUUAACCCUCUGCAGAUAGGGUAGAAAUAGAUGUGACGAAAAUAUUAUUACAAGAGCAUCAACGUGGUAACAACUACUGAUGUUAUUACCAGUGUGUUUCCAAAGUUUUAUAGAAAAACACUUGGAGAUCAACUUGUAUAACUCCCAUUUUCACAAUGUUUCUAGAUACACAUAUAAACCAUGGGGAAAAUACUCUUUUGAAUUCUUUAAUGUAAAAGUGAUAGAUUCUGUCAUCAAGUUUACUUCUCAUCCUUCCAGAACCAGAAAUUUGCAUUUAAUUGGCAAGUGUAAUUUGCUGGCAAUUUCCAAGACUGUGGUAGAUAAGCCCAAAGAUGAAAUUAUUAGGUGAUCAGCAGAGCUUAAACAUAAUUUCUCCCUCUAACUGGCACUAACACUCACAGUCAUAACUUUUAAUUUUCUUACCAGAACAUGUAAAUAUCUUUAUUUCAUAAAAAUUCAUAAACAAGGUUGAGAUGGAAAAGUGACUUAUCCUAAAAAUUGGAAAAUUAGGACAGGAGUUUGUUAACUGCACAGAAAAUUCUGAACUUGAACAAGUCCAUGGCAUAAUGCUCUGUGUUUUUUUUUUUUCCUAGUCUAUACACUCAAGAAACAAGAAAGGCAGAACCCACUAAAAAGUAUUUUCUCCCAAGGCCAGAGAAGUGACUCAGUAGUAGAGCACAUGUCUCAUAUACAUAAAGCUAGGUUCAAACCCUAGCGCUAAAAAUAAAAAGUAUUUAUAAAUAUGAAAAGCAUCUUUUUCCCUAAGAUUUUAGGAAUUCAAAAGCUAGACUCAGUCAAGUAUUCAGGUAACCUGGGAUAGACUAGUGGUAUACCCAUUCAACUUUGUGUGGUUUGAAGGUCACUCAGACAUUUUAUUCAAAUGGAAUUUAGAAUCUGCACAGAAGAAUUAGAAAUGCAGAGAUGAGGAAAACUGGGUACCGUCUUGGCUCCUGGUCUCUGUGAUGAGGAGAUUCUAGAAAUCGUAUUAUUUUCUUUCCCUGGGAAUACACCAUUGGUAGCAUGAAUAUCCCCAUUAGGUAUGAAUUAUUGUAUAGUUUUUAACCAAAUGUGUCUUGUUUCCCCUAUGAACAGAAACUUCCUAAAGUGGUAUGGCAGAUGCCUUAGAAAGUCAGGCAGAUCUGUAAAAGAGCAAUUCAUAUCAGGCUAAAGGAGAGACAUGAGAGAAUGAAGAUCUUGGGGAACAAGAAGCACAUUUCUCCUCUUAAACAGGGACCCUAUACAUGGCUCUAGACAAUCAGAUUCACUGGAAAAUGAGGCUCAGAGUUCUCCUGACUUGGAAAGAUGAUGUUUCCAAACAUCUGAGUGUUGAAAGCUAAUACAAGUAUUUGGCCAACACUGUGCAGACCAAAGAGAAUAUG